AUGGGUUUUGGCAAGGUUGGAUCAGAGGUUGCUAGGCGUGCCAAGGGACUCGGUAUGCAUGUCAUUGCACACGAUCCGUAUGCCCCAGCUGACCGUGCCCGUGCAAUAGGGGUAGAGCUUGUCAGCUUUGACCAGGCUAUUGCAUCUGCCGACUUCAUCUCUCUUCACAUGCCUCUUACUGCUGCUACAUCGAAAGUUCUAAAUGACGAGACUUUUGCAAAGAUGAAAAAGGGGGUCAGAAUCGUGAACGUUGCGCGUGGGGGUGUGAUUGACGAGGAGGCUUUAGUGAGGGCGAUUGAUGCUGGCAUUGUUGCUCAGGCGGCCCUUGAUGUCUUCACCGAAGAGCCACCACCUAAAGACAGCAAGCUGGUACACCAUGAGAAUGUCAUUGCAACCCCACAUCUAGGUGCCAGCACUACAGAAGCUCAGGAAGGAGUAGCCAUUGAAAUAGCUGAAGCUGUUGUUGGAGCAUUGAAAGGGGAGCUGUCAGCUACUGCUGUAAAUGCACCCAUGGUUCCUGCUCAGGUUCUAACCGAGCUGAAGCCCUAUGUCGCCCUCGCAGAGAAGCUCGGCCGCCUGGCUGUCCAGCUCGUUGCCGGAGGCAACGGCGUGAAAACCGUCAAAGUCACCUACGCCUCCGGCCGAGCCCCCGACGACCUCGACACUCGUCUCCUCCGUGCCAUGAUCACCAAAGGCCUAAUCGAGCCCAUCUCUAGCUCCUUCGUCAACCUCGUCAAUGCCGACUUCACCGCAAAACAAAGGGGCCUCCGCAUAACCGAAGAACGUGUCGUCCUCGACGCGUCCCCCGAGAGCCCGGUCGAGCUCAUCCAGCUCCGGAUUGCUGACGUAGAGUCCAAGUUCCCGAGCGCUAUAUCCGAGUCGGGUGAGAUUAAGGUUGAGGGAAGGGUGAAGGAUGGAAUUCCGCACCUGACGAGAGUGGGGUCGUUCGAAGUGGACGUGAGCUUGGAAGGGAGUAUUAUAUUAUGCAGCCAGGUGGACCAGCCGGGGAUGAUUGGGAACGUGGGUCGAAUCUUGGGGGAGGAAAAUGUGAAUGUGAGCUUUAUGAGUGUGGGGAGGAUUGCGCCGAGGAAGCAGGCGGUGAUGGCGAUUGGGGUGGACGAGGAGCCGAGCAAGGAGUCGCUGACGAGGAUCGGCGAGAUCCCGGCUAUCGAGGAGUUUGUUUAUCUCAAGCUGUAG